GACGUCAGCACUGUGUAUAAAUGCGGAAGGAUAAGGGAACAUAUCCGUGAUAUGAACCUUUGACAGUCUUCCUCGAGGUAGUUACAGCCAGGUGUGCGCAAGGUACACUGAACCAAAAAUUGACGACAAUUCAUCCGAAAGCGCACACCCAAGAGAAAAAUAAAACGGUCCCGCAAAUGGACAGCCUACGUCGCGGCGUUGUCAUCCUCGCGCUUGUCUGCGCCGCGAUCGCUACUCUAGCGAACGGCUAUGCGUUGAACGUCGCCGAGCAACCGCGGGACGGCGACUAUGUCACCACGUCUUAUAUACAUUAUGAGGAUUUACGGCGACUGUUUGAUUCCCUGGCGAACCGAUAUCCGAAUCUGGCACGGGUGCUGUCCAUCGGGAAGUCAGUGGAGGGCCGUGAACUCCUUGUCCUGGAAAUCUCGGAGAAUGUCGGGAAGCGUAGCCCUGGCGAACCCAUGGUCAAAUACGUCGCCAACAUGCACGGUGACGAGGUCGUGGGUAGACAGUUGCUCAUCAUUCUCGGCCAGUAUCUCCUAGACAGCUAUGGCAAAAACGAUCGUAUCACCUGGCUAGUAAACCAGACGGAUAUCUACUUAAUGCCCUCCAUGAAUCCAGACGGUUUUGAAAAAUCAGUGGAAGGUAAAUGUGAUUCCAAUGAUGACUUCUCUGGCAGAGAGAACGCCAAUCACGUUGACUUAAAUCGGGACUUCCCCGAUCAAUUUGACAGAAAAUUCAACCAUCGCAGUAAGGAUAGUUCUAUUCUCAAUGGUCGCCAGAGUGAAACUGUGGCUAUGAUGACUUGGAUCUCCAACGAGCCUUUUGUCCUCUCUGGAAAUCUUCAUGGUGGUGCUGUAGUUGCUAGCUAUCCAUAUGAUUCUGGUAUCUCAAGAUCGUGCUGCAUAGAAAGUAAAAGCCCAGACGAUAAUUUAUUCAAGUAUCUCGCUCACGUUUAUGCGGAUAAUCAUCCAUUAAUGCGUAGAGGUAAUGCUUGUCCACCAGAAAUAUUCCGAGGUGGUGUUACAAAUGGAGCAUACUGGUACGAAGUAAUUGGUGGAAUGCAGGAUUACAAUUAUGCCCGCUCCAACGCAUUUGACAUAACGUUUGAAUUGAGUUGCUGUAAAUAUCCACCAGGUUCAACCAUACCGGAACAGUGGUUACUAAAUAAAGAAUCUCUGAUUAAAUAUUUGGAACAAGUUCAUAUUGGAGUAAAGGGUUUUGUAUUCAGUAAAGAUGGUAGACCAAUUGAAAAAGCAAACAUUGUUGUAGAAGGAAUAAAUCAUAAUGUAACAACAACGGUCAACGGCGAGUAUUGGCGUUUACUGCUUCCAGGAACUUAUUCAAUUUAUUGUGUCGCAUGGGGAUAUGAACCCAGUGAACCAGUAAAUGUAAAUGUAUUAGAAAGCUCACCGACGAUUGUUAAUUUUACAUUAAGCGAUAAAGAAGUAUAUGAACAAGGAGAAAAUACAGUCGACGAAACAGUAAGAUCCAUCGACGAGUAUGGCUUUUAUUAUACCGUGGAGUUCAAGCAUCACAACUACAUCGCAAUGGAGAAGUAUCUAAAGGAUUUGAGCGCGAAUUAUCCCAAUAUUACGAGGCUGUACAGCAUAGGGUCUUCCGUGCAGGGUCGUGAGCUGUACGUUAUGGAGAUCACAAAGGAUCCCGGUGUUCACAAUCCCGACAAACCGGAGGUAAAGUACGUCGGGAAUAUGCACGGGAACGAGGUAAUCGGCAGGGAAAUGCUAUUGCUACUGCUGAGAUAUCUCUGCGAAAACUACGGCACUGACAUAAGAAUCACAAGGAUAGUGGAGACCAUUAGGCUCCACGUGCUACCGAGUAUGAAUCCUGACGGAUAUGAGAUCUCCAAAGAAGGCGAUGUUUACGGGAUAAGAGGCAGAGCGAAUGCGAUGGAUGUAGAUCUUAAUAGAAACUUUCCCGAUUAUUACGUAACCAAUGAUCUCAAUCAGUAUCAGCAACCUGAGACUAAAGCAGUGAUGGAUUGGAUAGCGAAAAUUCCAUUCGUACUCUCUGCUAAUCUUCACGGGGGAGCGUUAGUCGCGAAUUAUCCUUAUGACGACGGACCGGAGGACUUGGGGUCCAACGUCGCGAAUUUAAGUCCAGAUAAUGAUGUCUUUCGGAUGCUGGCAUUGAUAUAUUCCAAUGCCCAUCCCCGCAUGCAUCUCGGUCAGCCGUGUCCGCCGAUAGUGAACAAUCCUUACGGUACGAAGACAGUCCUUGAGGAGCGUUUCCCGGAAGGUAUAACGAAUGGUGCCGCCUGGUAUUCCGUGUCCGGCGGCAUGCAAGAUUACAAUUAUUUCCACAGUAAUGAUUUUGAGAUCACCCUGGAGAUCGGAUGCACAAAGUUUCCAAACGCCAGCGACUUACCAAAUUACUGGCUGGAGAACAGGGAGCCUCUUUUGCGUUUCAUCGAAAUGUCUCGAAAAGGUGUGCACGGCAUAGUGAGUUCAUCUAUCGGCACCCCUAUACCCCAUGCAAAGAUCUCGGUUGGAGGUAUUAAACACGAUAUUUACACUGCUGAAAGGGGCGAUUAUUGGCGGCUAUUGAUACCGGGGCGAUAUAACAUAACUGUCAGCGCAAUGGGAUACGAAACACUUACUCAGAAUAUCGAAGUACCACCAUAUGGCAAAAAUCCCGGGGAUGGAGAAGUAACUUUGGACUUUACGUUAAUGCGUGACGACCCUUUACAUUGGUCAUCCGCAUAUGAUUUUGGAUUGAGAGUAAACUUGCAGAAUGGAUAUUUAAAAAAUUCUGACUUGAACGCUAGAUUCAGCCAAUUGGAAAAUCAUCAGUCUGAAACCGCCGAAUUUUUAGCUGGUGAUUCAUUAAUCAGCAUGGCUAUUCAUUCACUGAAAAUCACGCAUGACAUGGGAUCACCUGAUGAAAAUAAAUUUCGCAUUGCAUUGAUAGGAGGACUGUUUGCUUCCCAGCCGGCGGGUAGGGAAAUUCUAUUACGUUUGGCAACACAUAUCCUCAAAGGAAAUCAAAUUGGUAAUCCACCUAUUCAGAGGAUAUUGAGUGACGCUAUGCUGCAUUUCAUUCCUGGUAUCGAUCCAGGAUUCGAUAACGUAGAGAAGAGUGAGGAUUGCAAUCCUGUAGUCAACGACGAAGUAGGAAACAAGUUAUUAGAAGAGAGCACUGAUACGUCUAAGCAAACAGAUAGAGUUACGAAUGCGUUUAAGACAAUGUUACAGACUGAAAAUUACGAUGUUGUUGUGAUACUAAGAGGUGGUGCCUCGAAAAUCAGUUAUUCAGACGACAAUCUGAACACGUUUAGAAAGCUCGCCCGUGCCUACGAGUAUUCGAGAGACAGCGAAAUAUGCAGCCAUCCAAACAACAAUACACAACAUUUAACGAAUUUCAUACAGCGCAUUUACGGCAUGCCAGUAAUGAGCAUAAGUCUAUCGUGCUGCAAGUAUCCGCCCGCAGACCAGAUUUCCACCAUUUGGCGUGAGAAUCUGCAAUCACUUAUGGAACUUGUGCGGAGUCUCACGACCGGAAUCCGCGUGAUGAUAACGAACAAAUAUGGUGCUCCGCUUCGAAAGGCCACUAUCGAGAUUGGAAAAAGAAUCUACGGCGUAUCGCACAACAUGGCUUACUUCAAAAUGAUUUUAGUGCCCGGUGAAUACACCUUAACGACUUCUUGCAAUGGAUACGUUACGCAGGUGCUGAAAGUUGUUGUGCAACAACAAAGCAUAACAAGUAUCGACGUUAAAUUAGAAGAAAAGAAAACGCCGUCGCUUGACCACAAGAAGUUACCCGAGAAGCCGAGCUUCGUCAACCGCGCUUUAACCGAAUUGAAUGCAAAGUAUCCGCAACAGACGACCUUGCAUAGCAUCGGCAAAACUGUGAAGGAUAACGAGAUAAUAUGUUUAGAGAUCGGUUCUAAUAACGAUCAGAAACAAACAGAGCGACCUGCCAUCAUUUUUUCGGCCGGCAUUCUACGGGCGGAACCAGUGACUGCCGGGAUGCUCUUACAUUUCGCCUCAUAUCUUUUGGAUAAUUAUAAGCAAAAUACUACGAUUAUGCGUUACGUAGAUGAUUUCUCCAUAUAUAUAGUUCCAGAAUUCUCAUUCGAUUCCAACGAGAAUACCAUCUGCUCGCCGCAACUAAAAGGCUUGCAGUUUCCAAUUUACGAAAAACUGAAUGGAGAAACGAAAUGGAUUGUAGACUGGUUUAAAGAUGUAAAUGCUGUGUUAGCUGUAAAUCUCAAUAGUGGGUCGCGUCAUAUUGAAAUUCCGUUCGGUCAUGACUACGGAAAGGUACGCGAACGAAAGUACGAGAGCGACGAUGAGGAUUUAUUGCAACAUUUGGCCUCAGUGUACGCCAAUGCGAGAGCAGACAAAGUGUCUGCAAGCACAAAAUGCGAACAGGAUUCCAACAUCGAUGAUAACAGUGUGAUACAUGCAGCUAAGGGAAUUGGCGGAAAAAGAGAUCAUCUUUUAAUGGAUUACGCCUAUUUCCACACAAGCACUUUAAUGAUGGACGUGUACGUCACCUGCUGCACCAAUGAUUACUCGAUCGUCGUGUGGCAGGAGAACAAAGAUAGUUUACUGUCCUGCAUAGAGGAAAUAAAGAAAGGUGUAAGAGGAUACGUCACCAAUGAGGAGGACGAACCGAUUGAAAACGUUGUCUUGUCUUACGACAUGUCACCGCAUCUAAUUGAAAACAGCAAAUCAGGCUUCUAUUCAAUUUUAUUGCCUCCUGGAAAUCACAAUAUAACAGCCACAGCGCCUGGAUAUCAUGCGGAAACCAAACUUGUCUCCACACCCAUGUUCGAAGCGAAGAAAUACUUAAGAGUAAUAUUCAAGCUCGUUCACGAUGACAGUAUCAUAGGAAUACCUAGACUAGUAUUCAUUAUAAUAACGAGUAUGAUAUGUUUUGGUAUUGUGUUGUGUUGCAUAUGUAUCUGCGCGAGAUGUCAAGCUUCGGAAGACAAAGAGAAAAGCAGAAAGGGAUAUGCGUUUAGUUUAUUGCAAGAUGGUGGCAGCUUCUUUGAUGACGACGAGAAAGAAGUUGAGAUAUUUCGAAGACCAGUAGACGGAUAUUCAUCAAAUGAUAAUAAAGUUACCAUGCCAUAUUUCGACAACAGUUCCGACGAUGGCAGCGAUUUGGAAUUUAUUCGGCCUGAAUGGAGUGAUACAAUACCAAGACAGACGUGACAGAACGUUUUUGUAUGCUAAACGAUAUACAACUGUACAACGCACGCGGUAAAUUUAGCGUAUUUUAUAUAGUUUAAACAAAUUUUCGGUAAAAAGAAAAUAAGAUAAAAGUAAUUUUAAAAUGCUGAAAUUUACGAAAGUAACAA